UCAUAAACCCUGAUUCUCCCUCCCACUCUACUCCUACCCAGUCAGAGGGUUUACGGUGUUUGGAUCUGAUAGAUUCAGAAACCCGACCCGUUACCCGUGUAGGACCCGUUCUCUCUCACUCGCCCUUCGUGGCCUCUUCUCUUCCGCUACCAAAAAACUUCUCCCGACUUUGAUGGCGUCGCCGCCACCAUCCCCUCUUUCCAAAAACACACCACCUCUCUAGACCUCCACUUUUUCCACACAUUCCAAACACAUCCAAGCUCUACAUGGAGAUGAGAAGAUCCGCGGUCCAGAAAGCCGCCGCCGCCGCUGCCGCUGCCGCCAUCAACACCGCCGCAAUACUCUUCCCUCCGAUCAAACGACCCCUAACCGUUUGGCCCCAUCCUUUACAACGACCGGAAAAUCUAAACACAAAACCUAAACCGAAAGAAGCGUGCCAAUCAGAUUUCGUGGCGACGCCCCCUGCUUCAGCUGCAUUUGAUCAGCGGUUUCUUGACACGAAAAGUUUGUCUUCUAUUCUAUCGGCACCGAGUUUGAAUUCAUUUCAGUGUAGCGAUUUGCUAAAAGAUUUGAAUCCUCAUCAAUUUGAUUCUAUUUUCUGGGAAAUUCAUAAAAAUGUUGAUCCUUCCACUGCAUUGAAGUUCUUUUACAUUGCGGGGAACGGCCACAGCUUUAAAUUCACGCUUAGAUCCUAUUGUGUAUUGUUCCACUUGUUACUUUCUAAGAAUCUUGAUGCAGCUGCUCGAUUGCUCUUGAAAAGAUUUAUUGAUGGGAAUUUGCCCAUGACAUUGAGGGAUGAUAUUGUGGAUUUGCAUAGGGAGAUCGCCACUGUUUUGGUGGAUGUUUGUUUGGGUUCGGAGCAAUUUAGGGGAGGGGUCAGAGGGUUUGAUAUUUUGGUUCAUCUUUAUGCUAGUGACCUUAAGAGCUUGGGGUUUGAUGUUGCAAUGGAUGUGUUUAGGCUGUUAGCCAGUAGAGGAUUUGUCCCAUCUUUCAGGACUUGCACUUUUUUUAUGAGCUCACUUGUUAAGGGAGACGAACCGGAGAAAGGCUAUGAAGUUUUUACUAUUGUUUCGAGCCAAUUUUCGCCAGAUGUUUACUUAUACAGUAUUGCAAUAAAUGCACAGUGCAAAAGAGGUAAGGUUGAGGAGGCAAUCGAACUGUUUAAGCAAAUGGAGAGUAAAGGCGUUGCGCCGAAUGUUGUUACAUAUAAUAACCUUAUGCAUGGCCUUUGCAAAAGUAGGAGACUGGAAGAGGCAUUUCAGCUUAAGGAGAGAAUGGUAGAUAAGGGGAUGAAACCAACUCUUGUUACUUAUGGUGUGCUGAUUAACUGUCUGAUGAAACUUCAGAAAUACGGUGAAGCUGAUUGUGUCUUGACAGAGAUGUCAAGUAAGGGGCUUAUUCCCAAUGUUGUUGUUUAUAACACAUUGAUUCAUGGGUUUUGUGAGAUGGGAAAUGUGGCAAUUGCCGUGAAGUUAAAGGAUGAUAUGUCAUUACUAGGUGUUAUUCCAAAUUCAGUUACUUAUAAUACUCUCAUAAAUGGACUCUGCAAGGACAAUCAAAUAGAUUUAGCUGAUCAGUUCUUAAGAAAGAUGAUAGAAGAAGGUUUAAGUAUAAACUUAGGUACUAUAGAUUCUGUCAUUCAUGGAUUAUGUAAAAACUUAAGAUUUGACUCAGCUCUUAGGUAUACCAUGUUAAUGAUCUUUAAGAAUUUGAGGCCUCGCAAUGUGUUGCUGACAACUUUGAUGAGUGGACUUUGCCGGAAUCAUAAGCAUUCAGAAGCCUUGAAACUAUAUUAUGGUGUACAGGGUACAGGAGUUGCUGCCAAUACAGUGACCUCAAACGCUCUUGUUUUUGGACUUUGUGAAAUUGGUAAGCUGCAAGAAGCCAAAUCUAUCAUCAAGAGCAUGUCGGAUUGUGGUGUUAGUUUGGAUACUUUCACGUACAAUGCACUAAUCUAUGGGUGUUGCAAAGAGGAUAGGUUGGAGAUUGGCUUUAAGCUCAAGGAAGAAAUGAUUGAUAAAGGAAUCUCUCCAGACACCGUGACAUACAACGUGCUGAUAAACGGAUUACUUAAAAAGGGUAAAAUGGAUGAAGCUCUGAUGCUUUGGCAUGAAUGCCGAAGGAAUGAUCUUGUUCCGGAUGUUUAUUUGUAUGCGGUAAUGAUAGGUGGGUAUUGCAAUCGUGAUAAGUUUGAAGAGGCUAUGAAUUUCCUUGAUAUGUUGCUCCAGCAGAAUGUUACGCCGAAUUCUGUUGUAUAUAACAUACUCAUUAGAGCAUACUCUAGGGUUGGAAACAUGCCAGAGGCCUUUAAACUCCUUGAUGAGAUGAGAAGCAAAGGUAUUCCAUGCACCCUCGCCACCUAUACUUCUCUAAUACAUGGAAUGGGCAAUCUUGGCAGAGUAGGUGAAUCGACAUAUCUGCUUGAUGAAAUGAGAAAGGAUGGUUUGCAGCCUGAUGUAGUAUGUUACACUGCACUAAUUGGUGGUUAUUGUAAGCUAGGCCAGAUGAAUGAAGUAACGAGUCUCUUGCAGGAAAUGUCUUCAUUUAACAUACAACCGAACAAGAUUACUUAUACAAUAAUAAUCUAUUGGUACUGCAAGUUGGGUAGGAAGGCAGAGGCUGCUCAGAGUCUGAGGGAAAUGCUAAGCAAAGGAAUCGCUCCUGAUUCUGUGACUUUCAAUGUACUGUUACAUGGAUUCAGCAAGGAAGGGGAUGCAAAGGAAGUUUUCUCUCUGUGGGAACACAUGUCUGAUAGAGGAAUAAAUUUAGAUGAUGUUACACAUACUUCAUUGGUUCACCGUAUGUCCCAGCAAUCAAAGACUGAAAAUGACUAACUCUGGACUGCUUUGGGACAUGAAGAUUGGAUCAUGAGAUCAUCCAACAAACAAAAAAAUAGGUCUGUCAGCAUCUGACUUCGCCGGGCUGACCUUGAGUGCACAUCCAUUGAUUCAAUCUCAGACUGCAUGGACUACAAGGCUGUUCCAAGAACUGGACUCCCAAAUCCAAAGUCUAAUUCAGCAACUGGGAAUCUUCUACCUGAUGAUAUUACGAUUGUUGGCCCCAUGAGACCGAGAACACUCUUUGCUAACAUCAGUCCAGGUGAUGAAUGAUUCAUCCAAGGACGGAUCAUAUCUGGGAGGGAGCCUGGCAAGAAGACCUCUGCUAUGAUCUGGGGAACAAGAUAUUGGUUUUUUCAUGGCUAUCUCAGACCAUGUCACCAGGAACUUGCCGAAGGCACUUGCAUCACCUAGUGCAUGGUCAAAUGUGAACGUCAUUGAUAUGCCUCCACAGAUGUAGGAUGUGAUUUGGACUUGCACUGGAAAGAAGUGUUCGGUGGAGACUAGUUUCCCUUGGAAAGACUGAUUGAGAUUGUAAAAGUCAAACUCCUUCAGCGGAAUGCUUGCUUGUGCUUCUGUGACAAGUGCUCCACUAUUGUCGCAGAUGAUCUCAGGUUCGCCUGAUUUCUUAUUUUCAGAAAUCGUACCUGCAAAAGGAUAGAAAUGGCUGAGGCAUUGAGAAAGAGAUUCAAUCAGGGUAUUACUGAUCGAGUGAAUGCUUUGUGGUUUACUAUAGAAGUAAAUGUAUGUCACUGGAAAUCGGCCAGAUAAUAGGUCAAGAUUUGAAAGGGAAAUAAUAUGCCUCUCUGGUAAAGGAUCUGCUGCUUUGACAAUGGUUUUUCUAACUAUCUUGACCUCAAAUUUUCCAUGGAUGACAUUUUCGCUUGCCAUUUGGAAUACGAAUUAGGGUAACGAGUGAAAAGUGGUGUUUGAUCUUCUGGUGGCAGUUCCUAUCUUGGUUAUAUAGUCUGCAGGGAGACGGCACAGAAAGCAAAUCCUGCUGUGGUGCUUGGUGGCCAAAUCAACACUCCUUUCACUCUACACCGUUGAUGAGCGAUGUGGAAUGCGACAUCACUACAUCUGUCGCGAACAAUGGGAGUUCAGUUCUCCUCGGCCGUUGUUGGUGCUGAAACACACUCCCCACUACGACCUUUCUGCCUAAAAGAAGUAAGUGGUUCUUGACCCAAUUGAAAAAACCCAUGAUGCAGUUGAGUGAAUCUGUUUUCACUCGGAAUAUUCUCGUGAUUACUGGAAGAUGGCAUAGUGGUUGGAACUAUGAAAUUAAAUUGUAGCCAUAUUAUAUGGGGGAGACAAAACAAUCCCUCCACUUGCUUCUGUCUUUUGGUUGGAAGUUGUUCACAUUUGUACCAUUAUAAGUCCUAACCAUUGAAAUUUUUUUGUAUGUGUAUAAUGUGAUGUAAUAGAUGAAUGUAGUAAUUGUAAUAACCAUAUCCAGUUAAGGAUAAUAUGUUCAUCGUCUAUCUUCAAUAGUAAUAGAUUUUUCAUUAAAUAUA